AUGAAGUUCCACUACAGCAGAUUCUUCAUCAUUUCAGCCUUGGCCUCUACAGCUCUUUCGCGAAGUCUAGACAUCCAGCCUCGACAAGACGCACCGGCUGCGCCAGCCUCGCCUCAAUCACGCUAUGUAUACGUUGUCACGGACGUGGACUUCAAUCAGAAAGCUGUUUCGUCCCAAAGCGGGAAGCCUAUCUUUGGUGGGCAUACAAGCAUUCGUGUGGGCGGUACUGAUGCGGAUGGUCCUCUCCUAGUUGACGUUGCUGUUAAUCCGGGUUCAAGUGGUCUUCAGAUCAGAGUCUUAGAUACUGGUGUCGCUAAUACUGGAAAGCCCAUUGGGUUCUGGAGUGCUCCGAAUUCUAGACGUUAUGUUGUGCAGACUGGGGAGAUCACUUUCACGAAUGCGGAGAUCUUCGACCACCAGACCGGCAAGGGUCUUGUGGCUGAUGCCUGGAACGACAAUCCUACAUACUCGAAAGGAGCUGGCACCACCCCUAACACAUGCUACGACUUCGCCGAUCGAGUCCUGGCACACAUGAACCUAGACUUGGAUCCAUCAAUUAUUAAAAUAUUUGCUAGCGCAGACGAAUACUACACCAAAUAUACAGAUAAAUGGGUUGAAAAAGUACCACUGAUCUGGUCCCAGAAGACCGAAUUCCCUGCUGGAUAUACACCACAACAGGGAGAGCAAUACUGGACGCGAGUGUUCGACGUUGUCUCAGACCCAGGUGCCCCGAGUUUUAUCGUUGAUAGUACUGCUCAAGGGACAUGCAGCAAGGCGAAGAUGUCUAAAAGGACGUGCUUCCCCGCAACAGCAUUCAGUGACGACUGGUACUCCGACUCAGUUACCCAGGCGGAGCUUGAUAACAUUGGAGCGCAGCCAUUGCCCGAUGACAAAAAGCUUCCAACACUCGAAGAAGAAUCCAGAGCUGCUGUUGCGCCCUUCCAAGACAGCGUAGGCAAGCCUGGGACACCUACAACGGGCCUGGCGACUGUUGGUAUGGGUCGAGCUGCUGGUGUAAUUUCUGCUGUCACGCUUGUCGCAAGAGAAGUUGCUCAGGCCGUUGGACUGGCUAUUGGUCCAGCUUUCGUUCUUUUGGACAUCGUUCAAGGCAAUUGGAUAGGUGCUGGACUGGCCGCUGUGGGUCUCGCGCUUGGUGUUGUCGCCUCGCUCGCCGUAGCUGGUCCUGUGGGUUGGAUUGUUGGUGGUCUUAUAUCUACCUUGUUUGCAAUUCUACCUGGCCUGUUCAAAAGCAAGCCUCACCUACCAGCCAUCGCUGACAAUGUUGGCACCCUUCAAUAUGCCUUCUUUGGGGACGCUACUCAUACUGGCAACGAACAAUGCCAAAGUCAAGGAAAUCCCAACUGUACAGCCGUCUUCGGACCCGGUGUUCUCUCUCUAGUCUUCGAGUGGGAUAAUUUCGAUUCAAUAACCUUCCUCAUUCAAUACAAUGAAGGCUACGCCAUGACUCUACCGGAGAUAGCGAACGCAUUCUACAACAUCAAUGAUCCCAAGAAUAGCGGCGACGGAUCGAAUCAAAUAGCAACCAUCAAUUGCAACAACAAGAAGGGAAUCCAAGACAGAUGGGGUGUCAGCAUGAGGGAUGACAUGUCAAAAUGCAAUCAUCCUAGCUUUCAACUCAACCGAUCAUUGGUAACACUUCCAGUGAUCGGACAGACAGCAGACCAAGUAUACAACAGAAUCAUCCCCGCCCCUAAUGGCGAUUGCAAAUUGGUUUCGGAUGCCGCGAACUCACUGAACAUCCCUGACUACAACAUGACGAUCACCGGACAACCAGUAGCCAUUGCCUGUGGUCUCUCCGCCGCCCUCGAGAUUGGCGGAACCGUCAUACCCCUAGAUCCAACCAACAACCCCAUCGUCGCCAAUGUCUCUUCCGGCACCAACUCCACCGACGGUCAAAAUGGCCACCAGCUAGCAGCACCAGCACCAGCCCCAUUCCAGUCCCUCCUAAACGCCACAACGGCCCUCUGUCUCAGCGGUUCAGGCGGCGGCCUCUGCGUGCCAGCCGGCCAGUACGAUAUCCAACGCGGUAGUCUCGGGUUCGACAGCAGCAAGGUAGACACCCUGAACAUGCCCGCUGGCGCCUCAAUAGGCUGGUACGAUGUCCGAGCCGCAACGCCCCGCGGUGGCCCAACUCAAUCGCUGGUAUCAUAUACCACCAAUCAGACCGCCGCCGACAAGCGUUUUGCGGCCGCAAUGGCUUCUGCGCCUACGAGCGGUGCUAACGGCGCCGGUGCUGGCUGGAACGCCACCCUCCCUGCUGGUAUGCCCGACCAGCCGGUCGUAUGCCUCUUUACUAAAACGGAUCAUAAUGGGGACGUUGCGUGCUUUGGGGCUGGAGGCGGAAACGUUACUGGGGGGAUCUCUGGAAAAGCGUCGUCGAUUGCCGUGCACGGAAACGCUACGGCGGAGAUCUAUGCGCAGUCGUAUGGCGAUGCGGGGAGCGCAACUAUUACGAGUGAUGUGCUGGAUCUGACGCAGGAGCCUUAUGGCACGGAUGAUAAUUUUAAUCAGAAGAUUGUCGCUAUGUGGGUUUGUGACGGGUCUUGUAGUAUACCUGUCUAA